AUGCAAUGCUUUAGGAAAGUAUCACGGUUCUUUACUGGAAAACGUUUCAAGGACAGUUCGUGGUCAUGGAUCGUGUGUGUUUCAGCAGCGGUUUGUAAUUCUGUUUAUCUUGGUAUGGUACUUAGCUUUGGUGUUCUGUUCCCGGUUUUAAUGGAAUACUUUGACGAGACCAGAGAGAGAACAGCUUUUGUCGGCUCAAUUGGUCUGGGCAUGAUAUGGUUCGCAAGUCCGCUGGCAGGCUAUCUGUGUGAUCGCUUUGGUUGCCGCAUCACAUGUUUCUUGGGAGGCACGCUAUACAUUGCGGGUCUGGUGUCGACUUCACUCGUCCACAGCUUCACAGUGAUGUACUUCACGUACAGCGCCUUGUACGGUUUAGGAGCGUGCCUAAUAUUCAAUCCCUGUAUUCGUUAUCUACUUUCUUUGAUUGGAACGUUUCCUAAGAGGGUAUUGUUACUUUAUAGGUCAAGUACUGUGAAGAUAGUCGAAUCGAUUUCUGCGCAGAAAGCUUCUCAGCUGUUCAUUGUUAUCGGUCUUCUUUCAAGUUUCUCACGCCUGUUGACAGGGAGACUAUACAACUACAAGAGAGUUAAUCCAGUGUAUAUCUUUCAGUUAUGUAUGGUAAUUGUUGGGCUGGCCACCUUUAUGCUGUCGCUUACCACAGAAUACGGGAACGUAAUCGCCUUCAGUGUUAUUUAUGGAUUGAGCGAUCGAUGGUGUUAAUUUUCGUAACAUCACAGAAUUUUAUUUUACUGACGUGUGUGGACAGCAAGAGAACAACGGCCGCCUACUGUAUCCGCAAUGUGGUGUAUUCGUUUUCUGUAGUCGCCGGUGGACCAGUUGCUGCUUUGAUAGCGGACCAGACAGGAAGCUAGAUCUACUCAUUCUUCACGACCGGCGGAGUACCGUUGACAGCAUCCCUGAUACCAAUAAUAUUGAUCUUCAUCAACCGAGGAAAGUUCAAAGUUCAUCCACGGAGCAUGGGAGUAGAAGAGGCAAAAGAAGAGAAGGUUGACACAGUAUCAAAGGAGGUUCAAACUGAGCAGUGCACGAAUUUGGAAUGAAGCUCCGCUCUGGGAUUUUCACGAGAAUGCGCAGUUCCAGCGCAAUCCUAUAAUAGUUAUUAACUUUUCAGCUAUCCUAGUAUGGCGUUUUUAAAGACUUAUCUCCCUCCUGAAAAACUCAAACCCAUUCCGCCGCGGUGUUUGAGCAGCGUUUGAAAUUUUACUAUGCGCGUGAAGUUAGGACUAAAACUCGUUCCCAAUUUCCAACGUAAAAACCCCGAGAAUGAGGUUCACUUGGACCCUAAAUUCAGUGCAAUUAAUUAUAAUGACUGGGCACGUCCACCGCAAGUAGUUCUUGUCAGUUUCUAAUUUCUUAGACGUGUUCUUUUAGCUUCAGUUCUGCAAGGCAGAAAUGUAAAAGAAAUGGUGAAUAAAACUCAUGAGCUGUGAACGUUAUCCUCUAGUAUCAUUUGGUUCCGGGGGUUGGGGGGGCUGUCAUAUAUGUGAAAAGGCCGGGGAUGCUCGUCGGAAAAUCUGAAUCAAACCCCUAAAGGAAACCAAUCUGGGCAUGGCCUUAGCUUUAUUUGCCUCAUAAAAAAUAUCACUUAAAACCGAAUUGGCUCGAUUACCGGCCGCUGUUCGGGAAAGGAGUUCGCGAGAGUAGUAAGAUCGGACUUGAGAGAGCGGUGGAAAUAAAACCUGUAAAGUGAAACGAGCGCGUUUUCUUAUUCUUAUUUAUUCGAGCGCACCCGGCCUUACCAGACUUUUUCAUACAGGAGUCCCCCCCGGGAUGCUCGGUCGCUCGUGGAUUAGCACAACCUGGCGGCCGCAUGCUGACUACAGCGGACUGCAGCAAUUUUCUCAAAGCAAUUUUUGCUUUAGUACCUUGAUUACGAAAAUUAAAGC